AUGCCAUUCUUUCCUUCUUCCUUCUUUUCAUUCUCUUUCUUUCUUAUUUCAUAUUUCCUUCCUUCUUUCUUUCUUUCUUUCUUUCAAAAUCAUUUCAAAUCCUUUCCUUCAGCCUUCUCCUUCCUUUCUUUCUUUCUUUCUUUCUUUUCUAUAAGGCCUUCCUUCUUUCCUUUCAAAUCCUUUCUUUCCUUCAGUUUUCCAUCCUUUGCAGAAAAUCCUUUCUUUCUUUCUUUCUUUCUUUCUUAUUUAGCAGAAAAUUCUUUCAAAUCCUUUUCUUUCUUUUCUUUAAAAGCUUUGCAGAAAAUCAUUUCAAAUCCUUUCACUUUUCCUUCUUUUCAAGGCACUUUCUUUCUUCUUUUCAAAUCCUUUCAUUCUUUCUUUCAGUAUUCUUUCUUUCUUUCGAAAUCAUUUCAAAUCCUUUCACUCUUCCUUCAGUUUUCAUUCUCACUUUUCUUAUUUAUUUCAAAUCCUUUCUUUCUUUCUUUUCUUUAUAAGGCACAGCAGAAAAUCAUUUCAAAUCCUUUCACUUUCCUUCAGUAUUCUUUUCAAUCCUUUCAAAUCCUUUCACUUUCCUUCAGUUAUAUCUCCUUUCCUUUUCACUUUCCUUUCUUUAUUUCUUUCAGAAAAUCCUUUCAAAUCCUUUCAUUUCCUUCAGUCCUUUUUUCUUUUUCCUUCAAAUUCUUUCUUUUUCUUUCAGUUAAGGCUCCUUCCUUCUUUUCUUUCUUUUUUCUUUCUUUCAGUAUAAGCACUCCUUCUUUCUUUCAAAUCCUUUCUUUUCCUUCAGUAUAUCAUGCCAUCCUUUCAAUUCUUUCAAAUCUUUUCAUUCUUUCCUUCUUAUUUAUAUCUCCUUCCUUCUUUCAAAUCCUUUUUCUUUCCUUCAGUAUAAGCCAUCCUUUUCAAAAUUCCUUUUUCAUUCUCUUUCACUUUCCUUCAUAUAAGGCACUGCAGAAAAUCCUUUCAAAUUCCUUCUUUUUCCUUCUCUUUAAGGCACUCCUUAUAUCUCCUUCCUUCUUUCUUUCUUUCUUUUCUUUCUUUCUUUUUCUUUCGUCAUCAUGCCAUCCUUUCAAAUUCCUUCUUUUUCAGUUAAAGGCUUAUUUCUUUUUCUUUCUUUCCUUUCCUUUCCUUCUUCUUUCACAGCAGAAAAUCCUUUCAAAUUUUCUUUUCUUUCAGUAUUUCUUCACUGCAGAAAAUCCUUUCAAAUCCUUUCACUUUCUUCAGCUUUAUAUCUCUUUCUUUCUUUUCCUUUCUUUUCUUUCUUUCAGGCACAUCAUGCCAUCCUUUCCUCUUUCUUUCUUUUCAUUUCUCUUUCUUUCUUAUUUAUAUCUACUUCCUUCUUUCUUUCUUUCUUUCUUUCUUUCCUUCGUCAUCAUGCCAUUCUUUCACUCUUCCUUCUUUUCAUUUCUUUCUUUCUUAUUUAUAUCUCCUUCCUUCUUUCUUUUCUUUCUUUCUUUCUUUCACAUCAUGCCAUCCUUUCCUUUUCCUUCUUUUCAUUCUCUUUCUUUCUUAUUUAUAUCUACUUCCUUCUUUCUUUCUUUCUUUCUUUCUUUCAUUCCGUCAUCAUGCCAUUCUUUCCUUCUUCCUUCUUUUCAUUCUCUUUUUCUUUCUUAUUUAUAUCUCCUUCCUUUCUUUCCUUUUUUCUUUCCUUCUUUAAGGCACUCGUCAUCAUUCCAUCCUUUCACUCUUCCUUCUUUUCAUUUUCAAAUCUUUCUUUCCUUUGUAUCUCCUUCCUUCUUUCUUUCUUUCUUUCUUUCUUUCUUUCGUCAUCAUGAAAUCCUUUCCUCUUCCUUCUUUUCAUUCUCUUUCUUUCUUAUUUAUUCAAAUCCUUCCUUCUUUCUUUCUUUCUUUUUCUUUCUUUUCUUUCGUCAUCAUGCCAUCCUUUCCUCUUCCUUCUUUCAAUUCUUUCAUCUUUCUUUUUUUCAGUAUCUCCUUCCUUCUUUCUUUCUUUCUUUCUUUCUUUCUUUCUUUCUUUCGUCAUCAUGCCAUCCUUUCCUCUUCCUUCUUUUCAUUCUCUUUCUUUCUUAUUUAUAUCUACAGUCAUUCUUUCUUUUCUUUCUUUUCUUUCUUUCUUUCUUUCAUUCGUCAUCAUGCCAUUCUUUCACUUCUUCCUUCUUUUUCCUCUCUUUCUUUCUUAUUUAUAUCUCCUUCCUUCUUUCUUUCUUUCUUUCUUUCUUUCGUCAUCAUGCCAUCCUUUUCCUCUUCCUUCUUUUCAUUUCUUUCUUUCUUAUUUAUAUCUCCUUCCUUUCUUUCUUUCUUUCUUUCUUUCUUUUCUUUCGUCAUCAUGCCAUCCUUUCCUCUUCCUUCUUUUUUUCUUUUCUUUCUUUUUUUAUCUCCUUCAUUCUUUCUUUUCUUUCUUUCUUUCUUUCGUCAUCAGAAAAUCUUUCAUCCUUUCCCUUCUUUUCAUUCUCUUUCUUUUCUUUCAUUAUAUCUCCUUCCUUCUUCCUUUCUUUCUUUUUUUCUUUCUUUCGUAUCAAGGCAUCCUUUCAUUCUUCCUUCUUUUCAUUCUCUUUCUUUCUUAUUUAUAUCUCCUUCCUUCUUUUCUUUCUUUUUUUCUUUCUUUCUUUCUUUCGUCAUCAUUAA